UUCAGUUAUUCUUAAAGAAACACUUAAAAUACAUCAAACUUUAGAAAAUGACUUGGAUAUGGACACUUUUUCUGCUGGGAUUCGUUAUUGCACAAGGAACAGCUCAAGGAAUUGCCGAACAAGGAAUUGCUGAAAUCGAUGGAGAAGUGACGAAGAAACUAAAAAGUUUCUUGGAGAACUUCAGUGGAAACUGGAAGGAUAACACCGAGUUUCUCAACUGGAUUUCAAAAAUACGCACGGCAUUGAAUAAUAAUAACACCCGGCUAGUGGAUAAGUUCGAGUUACGAUUUGGCUUCGAGAGUUACAAUUCCGAUCGUUUGGUUUUGGAGCAAAAGAUCUCGGAUCGCAUAGAGGAGCUGGACAGCAUUAUUCCCCAUCAAAAGCAUUCGAAAUGCUUGAAUUUCUAUGUGGGACAAAGAACCGCUCUGAAAACGGCUCUCAAGCAAUCCAAUUUCAUAAAAGUCGAAAGGUUUGCCGAAAACGCAUCAUCUUGUCCGUACUAUCAUUUCGAUGAUAAUAUAUUCCUAAGUAUUUUAAAGGCAUAAAUAAGUCUUUAUAAAAUAUCACAUAUUGGUGAAUAUUCGUGUAUUAUAAUUUCAUAUAUUCACAUAUUAUUAAAUGAAUCUUGAGCAAAUAAA